UUUUGGCUAACUUUGAGUUUUGUUUUUUUUCCCCGCCGCAGUAAAUUAUUAUUAAUAUGAGAUCGUACAUGUCGUCAGAGAACAUAUUACGGAUGUUUGUUAUAACCGCAAACUGUUUAUUUUGUUGUUAGCUAAGGGCUAAGCUAGUUAGUUAGCGCGCGUUGCUGCGUCGAGGCCUGUCACAGCCUCGGGUUUUCCUUAGGAAACUGUCCGAAGGAAACGCGCCGAGCGAGCCGUGUUUAGACCGUUUCUAACGUUAUCGUUUAAACUCGAGCAAGUUUCAAGGGGAGUUUAUAGUCGCUUUAGCGUGCAAACAUUCUUGUCGGUGUAUAAUUAUAUCCGGCUAGCAAGAUAACACUGCUGUUUAAGCGAUGCUAAUGUACACAAGCUUGAUUCUGUGGACUUUUGCUAUCAGAAUUAAUUUUAUUAGCAAGGUUAAAAAGAGGUAGGAAUGUAUAGCGGUGUUUGUUGACAUAUUACGCAGGAGUGACGUUACCAAAAAAAGAAGCGGCAGUAAAACACGUUGUUUUGCAUUUGUAAGUUAUUAUUGUCAGGUGCAUUUCCUCUUGCAGCUGUUGUAAAAAAAAAAAAAAAAAAGUAUAAAAAAAAACACAAACACAUUACCCAACAUGUAAUUUGCAUGAGGUUUCAGUGCACGCGCUGUAUGUUUUUCAGGAAGAUUUUAUUCAGUUCAGGUUGCUCGAAGUGCACUACACGCGCACAAACACGUACACCUACACUAAUAAUAAUAAUAAUAAUAUGUAAGCAUGUUCGUUAAACCGACCCCCAAGCAUGCAUACUAGAUUACUGGAAAUGUACAUGAUGUAACAUCACUAUCUGUGCGCUGAGAAGUCUGAUUGAGGUAGUGUUGUCAUUACACAACGCUGGAGGUGGGUUCGAGCCGCCCUGUAACUCAGACAUGCCCGGGCAUGUAGCGCGCGACGCCGAUUCAGCACGCGACUCGCACUCAUACUAGCGUGCUAAACAGUACGCAAAACACAGCCAUACUAUUCUAUAUAUAUAUCCCGUUCUGUUGUCGCCAUGGUUACCGUGUGCACUUCAUACGUCCGCACUAAAAAGCGUUCUAAUAAUAAUAAAUCUACAACCCCGUCUCGUGCGCUGUUUUAUCACCAUGGUUACCGUGUGCACUCCACACUUCCGCACUAUACUAUACACAGAAUAGGGUCUCUAGUCUUUAUUAGUACCUUAAUGUAGUUCCUGCUUGCUAUGGAAACAGCAUGGCACGUUGUAUAUGAAGUCAUACUAAACAGUGUAUAGUACGCAUGGAGUAGGCCAUUUUAUGGUGCCUUUUUUUUUUUUUUGGCGUACUAGUUAGUAGGUUAGUAGGCAGGUUGAACAGUCAUGCUCGGACAUGUUGAAUCCUUCAACUCCAGACUCCAGUCCCCGCCCUAAAACACAUUAGGAGUCAUCAUACUAGUCCUGACAUGUCUCUCUCUCCUUCCCUCCCCCUCUCUCUCUCCAAGCCCAUUUAAACCGGCCUGACCCACACUCAGAUCUCCUCACUCAGCCAAGAAGGUCUGAGGCACUUUAUGUACAGAUGAAGAGUAUAUAAUAUAUAUAUAGUUUAUUUAUUUGAUUCAGAUAUUGGCCAUGGCUACGGAGAACUGUCUGAGCAGUUCACAGAUCAACAAGAUUGACAACGAAAAGCUGGUAAGACCCAAAGUGCAGUUGCUAACCCUGUUAAAAGAUGCAGGUGCGGAUAAGGACGUGUUCACCAUGAAGGAGGUUAUGUUCUACCUGGGCAAGUACAUCAUGAGCAAGGAGUUGUAUGACAAGCAGCAGCAGCACAUCGUGCACUGUGGAAACGACGCCCUCGGCACCGUGCUCGGAGUGACCAGCUUCUCCGUCAAAGAACCACGAGCUUUGUUUGCAAUGAUUUCUAAAAAUCUCAUAGCAGUGAAAAUUCCAGACUCCCAGUCGACGUUUAGAGAACGUAGAGCUGUAAGUGAAGCUGAGCGAGGGCCAGAGGAGACAAACCCCCAAUCAUCUACCUCCACACAACAGCAGCAGCAGCAGCAACAACAACAACAACAACAACAACAGCAGCAGCAGCGCAGGAGACGGCGGAGCAGUGAUCCCGCGAGUCUCUCGGCCGAGGACGAACCCGGCGAGCCUAGGAAGAGGCACAAGUCCGACAGCAUCUCCCUGACGUUUGACGACAGCCUGUCGUGGUGCGUGAUCGGAGGCCUGCGCAGAGAGAGACAGAGCAGCGAGUCUUCAGUAUCGCACAGCAAUUCGGAAGUAGGUAUAUCUCACAGUGACGAGAGUGAAGAAUGUGACGAUACCGACUCCGAUAACUUCAGCGUAGAGUUCGAGGUGGAGUCUAUCGAUUCGGACGCUUACAGCGAGAACGAUGAAGACUCCCUACCCGGCGAAGACGAGGUCUAUGAAGUUACAAUAAUUGCCGAGGACGAAGACUCUUUUGAUGAAGAUACGGAGAUCACUGAGGAGGACUAUUGGAAAUGUGCCGAGUGUGAAGAGCUGAACCCUCCCCUCCCUCGCCACUGCAAAAGCUGCUGGAAGGUCCGCCCGGGAUGGCUCCCCGAGACUUUCUUCACGUCCGAGAACCCCGGCAACGACGUGCAAACCGACGUCAACACGGACCUCGAACCCAAAGCACCGUGCGCCGAAUCUCCGACUCCGACCCUCGACCCGGACGAAGGCGUGGACGUCCCGGACGGCAAGAGCACGCGCUCGCAGAGUACUUCCUGCUCCGACUCGCAGGGCUCGUCUCUGUGCUACUCGCAGCCCUCCACCUCCUCCGGCCAGGAGGACACACCUGAGCUGGAGCGCACCACCAGCUCAAACAGCAUCGAGUCGUGCCUUCCCGCGUCCUGCCUGGAACCCUGCGUCAUCUGCCAGAGCAGACCCAAGAACGGCUGCAUCGUCCACGGACGCACCGGACACCUCAUGGCCUGCUACACCUGCGCCAAGAAGCUUAAAAAGCGCAACAAGCUGUGCCCCGUGUGCAGGGAGCCCAUUCAGUCCGUCGUCCUCACCUACGUCAGCUGAGGGGGAAACGCAGACGUGCCUAGUUCAGUUACCUCACCAGAAACCGCCGCGCGUUUAAGUGCCGCAAAACCCCACGCUCACACUAGCAAGGCCUUCGGUUUAUAUGUACGAGUCCUGAUUUCAGCCGUGUCCCACUCCUGGGCCAUAACCAUCGUCUCGACCGCUUCCUUUAGAUCGUUAUGUCUACGGCGAGCUCAGGCCGACGUCUCUCCAACUUCAGUUCUUACCUGCAGUGAGUUCCCCUGCACUGUGGAACCGAGCGCAUCAUAAACCGCCCGUUAUUAAUUUAUUCCUCCAUUAUCGUUUUCAGUAAAUAGCUCGAGAAGCCGUCUAUGUAACUAAUAUCUGAUCAGAAACGGAAUAAAUAUCUGGAUCGGUCCCCCGCUAGUGCGAACGCAGGCCUGCACGCUAAAUACGUCGGAUUAAAGUGAGCACGAGUAGAAUUUUUGUUUUGUAACUGGGGGGAAAGAUGUUUACGAAUGUUCUAUUUAAAAUAAAGUUUAUCCUCCAUAUGUGUGUAGAGAUGGAAUAUAAAUACUCCUGUUCUGACUCCUCCUUGUAUGCAAAUUAAGCACAUCCUUCAAGGAGAAAUGAAAAAUAUGAUAAAUUUACUUUUAAAAAUGUUAAAAUAUCUGUAAAAUGCAUUAAUAAAUGAAUUCACUCUGCUCAGCCUGGGCCACGGAGAGAGAGUCGAUGAGUAAAAUGAGCAUUAUUGAACGAGCGGAGCAGCCGUUUGUGCCGCUGUACACACCGGGUGUGCUGCUUUACCUGUGGCCAGGGAGCCUCUCUCUCCCGCAGCGCGCUCCUCCCGGAGCCUGUGUGAAAUCUGUGCGUUUUACUCAACACUACGUAGAUUGGAAAUGGAUAGGAGACACCCCCCCCCCCCCCCCCCCCCCCAUAUUUCUCAACAUCAACUACAAAAGCGUACAGAUUAAAUGUAAAUAGUAUAAUAUUUUUCUUUCUGAACAGCAUUCUAUUUAUGAAAUAAAGAAAUGUAAAAUUAUUUAUGAUCAUUUGACGGGCGUGUGCUAGAUGUUCGUGUGUUGUGGGUUUGGUUGGAUUCAGUUUUGGGGAUGGUGAUUAAAGUACAGUGCUGUAACGGGUCUAUGGCUUUAAGGGGUGUAUCAUUCGUACGAGUGUUUUCUACACUCGCGGUUUGUGAAGUGUGUGUGUGUGUGUGUGUUUAAUUUAUAUUAGGUAAAUAUGAUUAUUUUGGAUGCUCUGACAUGUUUCAUGGUUGGAAUUUGAAGUUCUCUUUGAUUUUCACGAUCGUGUGGAGAAAUAAAUGAUUAAUGAUUAUAUGUUCA